AUGAGGCGAGGCUUGGAGAAUACGGCGAGACCGUUACCGAACCCACGGUCUCAAUUUGACCGCCUGUGGCCGAAGCGAGGUGCGGCUGCGCGUUGUCAUGGAGGAGGUAAACGGCGGCGCGUUGGCCAUCGUCCGCGUCGUGCCGUUCGGAAACCCCUGCAGGAGGCUGCAGAAAUCGACGUCGAUGUUGGAGCGACGGCAUCCCAUGUGUGGCAGGUCGUCGAAACAGCGGGACCAGUUAAGAGACCAUCAAUUUCACGGUACUCUACCUCGAGAAUUACUUGCGAGGAAAAGACGACCAUUAUUGAGAUCCGUGGUCCUCGUUUUGUCGCAGUGUCGCAAUCAAUGCGGAUGAUCCCCGAGUUGCUAAAAUGUAAUGCGGGAUGUGACGAAUGA